GCUUUCUCUUUCGCACUCCUUUCACGUUUCCGUACAUCAAAGUUGAAAGCUGAAAACCAGUAGAGUCACAUUUUGUUGGUAUUCCUCAUUGUCCAGAAAAAAUAUAACAUUUAUGUAUAAUUCUCUUCAUGUCAGCUUUUUAAAGUAAAUACAGUACAACUUUAUUGAUAUUGUUACAUUGCGGGAUUUCCUCAACAUGUCUGACGCUGAGGCUGAGGUUGAGUCUGCAACUUCUGGCACUUCUGCAUUUGUCGAGCCAGAAGAAACAGAAACAACAAAGGCUGACGAUUUGAACGACGCUACGAACUCGAACAAUAAUAAUUUGAAUGAUGCUAAAGGCAACAGUGAUGAGGUUGAGGAAGAACGAGAACAAGAGGAAGAAGAUGCACCAAAAGAGGGCAAAGAUUCAGAUAUUGGGCCAGUGACUCUGCUUCAGGAAGGAACUGAGUUCGAUUCUUAUGAUGCUUUUCAGGUGACUCUCCAACAAUACAGUGACACAAGUUUUGCGCAGUUUGCUCGCAGUGACUCGUCAACAGUUGAAAGAUCUAAUAAUAACAGUGCAGGUGGUGCUCGGGACUACAAUCCAGAUAUAAUUUACACUCAUGUUACUUUCACCUGCGUUUACGGAGGGAAGAAGGCACCAUCCAGAUCAAAUGGAAUUCGGAAUUGCAGUUCCCGUAAAUGUGGAUGUCCAGUUCGACUACGGUUAGCAGCUACACCAGAUGGACAACGCUUAGUGAUCAAGGAGAGUAAGCUGGACUGUCAUAAUCAUGAGCUCAGUGAAGAAACUUAUCGUUUCAAAAGCCUGGAUGAGGAAACAGAACUAGAAAUCUAUAACCUAAUCAGCAUGCAUGAAAACAAACGUCUGGCCAGAAUGUUGGUGCGGGACAAGCUGGCGAAAGAGACAGGAAAGGACGUGAAGAUGAAAGAUAUCAACAAUAUUGAGAAAAGAGUCAGCAAGAGAUUAGAGAAAAUGGCAGAAAAUGGAGACAGUGCCAAGGAAGAACAGGAGUCCAUGGACGGCACUGAUGAGAAAAGGACGGACAAGUCAGAUGAAGAAGAGGAACAAGAGGGGGGCUCACAAAAAGAGACAUCUUCUAAUAAGGCGUCCCCAGCUCGACCAAAGCGGCGGAUCCGAGAGCCGAGGCGAUUCAGGGACAUGCAGGGCAGUAGAAAUUCUGCUGCAUCGGACAGCGUGGCAGCUGUGGCCUCAGGAGAUGAAGAAGAAAAAACUGUCACUGUGAAGACGCCAAGGGUUGCGUUAACACGCGUCAAGACUGAACCUGCCAGGUCGGAAACGACCCCUCACGUCGGGGAGAAGAGAGGGAGGAAGCGGAAGGUCCAAGCAGAGCCUGAGCCGGAUGUCCAAACUUCUGCGUCUGCGACGGAAGGAGACAGGAGGAGUGAAAUUCGUGAAAGGAAACUGGCUAUUCAAGAAGAGUUGCUCGUGUUAGAGAAGAAAAAGAUGAGGAUGUUGCAGGAUAUAAUGUUGAAGUUGACUCAUAUUCAGGAGAACAUGGAGAAAAGAUAGGUCUUGUUGAUUUGGUGCAGUGAUAGGUGUGGUCAGUGCAGUGUGGUGAUAGGCGUGGUCAUGAAAACUGAACCUCAAGACUGGACCAAUUAAGAGCGAUUACUUUUUUUGAAUCAUGACCUUUCUUGGCACAGCA